AUGGCGAAAAAGAAGUCACAGACCAAGGCCAAGAGCCAGAGGAGGGUUCAAGAUGCCUUUCAAAUGGCUGAGAGAGAAACCAGGGGCUGGGACAACAACGAUAGCGAUUCUGACGACAAUGUCAGAGGAGGUAUUAUGAGGGCCAAGAAGAGCAUGGAAGGAGGCCAUUCCGGGAGCGAGGACGACUUUGAGGAUGAGGAACUUGACUCUGACGAGGCAUUUGGCUCCGAAGAUGACUAUGAUAUUCUGGAUUCCAAGUUCAAGGGAGGAAAAUUGAAUGACGAGGAGUAUGACAGUGAUGGCUCCUACACUUCCAUAGACGAGGAUGAUUUGAUUCCACUCAGUGAGGUCUGGGACAGAGACGAUGCGGAUAUGAAAAGCACUGUUCCAAGCUCUUCUUCUAAGCAAUCCAAUGAUAUUGUUUUGAACGAGGACUUUGAAAGCGAGAGCGAAGAAGAAUCCUCGGAUGACGAGCCAUCUGAAGAUGACGGUAAUGAAGACGAGGAAGACCCCUUCACGGGUUUCUCGGAGGACGAAGAGAUUGAGCUGUCCAAUGUUAAAUCGGCUAUAGAUGCCAAGCGGCCAAAAGCUUUGAAGAAAAAGAGGUUUUUGGUCAAUGAGACGCAGACAGAAAGCGAGUUCAAUGUUCCUGUCAAUGGUACGUUGUCUUUGGAAGACAUGAUUGCCGGUGUCGAGGGUGCUCAGGAAGAACUUCGUUUUGUCGAUACCACUGAGGAUCAAGAAGGUGGUGCUAAGGUGGUUGCGGUCCCUCUCCCACAGAGCAUAAAGGAAAGAAACGACAGAAGAGCAGCUUACGAGAUCACCAAAGACGAGGUUAACAAGUGGAAAGACACCAUCCAAGAGAACCGAAAGGCUGAGGUGUUGAAGUUCCCAUUGAACCCAGAAGUCGAGCAUAACAUGCCUUCUUCGUUCACUGCUCCCGAGAAGCCUUUGACCGAGUUAGAGGAAAAAGUUCAGAAGGUUCUGGUGGAAUCCUCUAUGGAUAACAUGAAGAAAGAAGAAGCUCUGUUUGAAGAGAUCAUGUCUGCAAAGAUGUCCAAAGAGGAGAUGAUGAAGAGAACCAACGAACUUAGGCUUAUGCGUGAGUUAAUGUACCGUGGACAGCGCGACUCCAAGAGGUUGAAGAAGAUCAAGUCCAAAGCAUAUCGCCAGAAACUGAGAAAGGAGAAGCUGAAAAAUCAGGAAUUAAUCGAUGAACUCGAAGGUGAUGAUGGUGAUGACGAAGAGGCAGAUCUGCAGAGGGCCAGAGAAAGAAUGUCGUUAAAGCACAAAAACCAAUCUGCUUGGGCCAAGAGCAUGACGAAAAGCGGUAUGACCAAAGAUAAAGAGGCCAGAGACGAAGUUGAGAGCAUGUUAAGGCAGGGCGAAAGACUGCGUAUGAAGCAGCUUGGCAGAGACGGAGAGGACGAAGACCAAAGGGACCUUGAUGAUAUGGAACGAGAGCUUGAGGAAGAGAACGUUGAAGUUGAUCUUUCCAAGCUCGGUAAAGGUGUUAUGAAUAUGGAUUUCAUGAAAAACGCUGCAGCCAGGUCCAGGCAGGAUAAUCAAAGACUUCUUGAAAAGCUCAGAAAUGGUGACGAUUACGAAGAGGACCAAAACGUGGACUCUGUGAAUGUGAGCCACAAUGUGGGUAGACGUGUAUACACUCCGGGUGUUUCAGAUCUCAAAGCUCAAACUGCCGAACUGGACAUUCAGGUUGCUAACCAGAUCGCAGAGGAAAAUGAGAAAAGUCUUUCUGGUCGUCUCAAUGAGAGACGGAAGCUCUCGGAGAAGGUGGUUGUUUCUACUGAACAGGCCGUUAAAGCUACUGCUUCCAACCCAUGGUUAUCGUCAGAUUCAAAGUCCAGAAAGUCCAAUAGGAUCUCUGUGGUUGACGAGUCUUCCUCUGUUUUGGCCAAAUCUGCUUCGAAGAUCAAUAAGAAGAGAAGUGCAGGCUCCAAUCACGAUCUGGACGACUCGAAUCUGAUUGAUCUUGACUCCACUCUUCGCGUUGUGGAUCCAUAUGGAGGCGAAGACGAAGGAGAGGAACACGAGAUUGAAAGCGGUGGAAUGUUCAAGCAGAAAGACCUGAUUAGACAGGCGUUUGCCGGAGAUGAUGUGGUCAAGGAGUUUGAGGAAGAAAAGAAACAAGUGAUCGAGGAAGAAGACGACCAGGAAGUAGAUGACUCCAUGCCAGGUUGGGGAGGAUGGGCUGGCGAAGAUAUCAAGCCCAAACAAUCUAAAAAGAGAAAGAUCGUGAAGGGAGUGAUGAGCGCGAAUAAGAGAAAGGACAAGAACAUGAAGAAGGUGAUCAUCAACGAAAAGGUGAAUAAGAAGAACUCCAAGUUCCAGGCCCAAGGUGUUCCGUAUCCGUUCGAGACCAUGGAGCAGUAUGAGAGGAGUCUCAGGCUUCCAAUGGGCCAGGAAUGGACCAGUAGAGAGACUCAUCAAAAGCUCACCAUGCCAAGGGUUAUUGCUAAGCAUGGCUCUAUCAUUGAUCCAUUGAAGGCUCCGUUCAAAUGA